UCCAAAGGGUAAGUGUGGAUUAACUAUAUAUGAGCCUUUUUUCGUUCGGUCCAUAAUUAAUUUGUUUCAUUUAUUAUCCUCAGAAGAGAACAUGUCUUUCAAUCAGCAUUCACCUCUGUCCGAGUUACAUCCUUCAAGGUAUGACUGGAGCAUCCGAGUACGAGCGCAAUCAAUAUGGGAAAGCAGAAGCAAAGAAAAAAAUGAGUUUCGGGGCUUUAAUGUCAUCUUCAUUGAUGAUUCUAAUGUUAGGAUACAUGCCUUCAUUGCUUCAAACAUCUCCCACAACUAUAAGGACUCUCUUCAAGAAGGAGCUCUUUACAGAGUUUAUAAUUUCUCUGUCAAAAGAUACAAUGGAGAUGAAACUUACCGUGCAGUGCGGAAUUCAAAGCACAUUUAUUUCAACAAUGAUACAAAACUUAUUAAAGAUAAUGGAACUGGACUAAGAAUUCAUCCACAGAGUUUUGAUUUCUUUGCCUUGGAGGAUGUUCAAAAAAUGAAGAAGGAUAAUCGGUUCUUGAUAGAUGUUGUUGGAGUGAUUGAUGUGUUACCGAAGAAAUCACUUUAUCAAAAGGACAAUGCUGAGAAGUUUAAUGUGAAGUGUACUAUAACAGAUGGGAGGUAUGUCAAUACUUAUAUUUCCACACUGUUAAAUAGUAAGUAGAUUGACAGGUAAUACACUGCUUUGUAGGUCAUAUGUGAACGUAACAUUUUUUGGUCAAAUUGGAGAGAGUCUACUUGAUGCUAUGAAUACUAAAUCAGAUGAACCAGUCAUCAUGAUCAUAGCAAGUGCAAAAAUUCAUGAAUGGAAGGAUGAAGUUAGUCUAACUAAUUUUCCAGCUACCCGUGUCUAUUUGAAUAGCUCACACCACAGUGUGCGCUCAAUACGGAAAAGCCUUCAAGAUGGGACAUUUUAUAAAACAGAAAUGGAAAUUGAGGAUGGAGCUGGAUUACCCAAGUUCACUGUGAAAGAGAUACUCAGCUUGAAGGAAGAUUAUAUCGACAAAAAAGUCCAAUGCAAGCUCACUGUGAAAAAAGUUGAUCAAAAGGUGAAAUGGUUUGCCGAAUAUUGUAUCGCCUGCGAUGUUGAUCUAGAAUUGAGUGGGAACAAAUUCAAAUGUCCUAAUUGUGGGAAGAUGAAACCAUACCCUGAUAAAAGGUAUCAGCUAAUCACUUUAUGUUCCGACGAAAGUGGAACUAUACCUGUCAUGUGGAGUGAUGAUGAAGUUACGCGUCUUACUGGAAAGACCGUCUAUGACUUUCUCGCUGAUGAUGUUCAGGAUGGUGAGUCGGCUUACUUCCCAUUGCCUCUGAAGGCUUUUGAAAAAAUCUCAUGUACAUUUACCCUUAUCUUGAAGAAGGAAAAUGUAGUAGAAGGAUCCAAUGUUUACAAUGCUGAGAGUGUCGAACUGAUUAAUGACAAAGCAGACAUGGUUUUAGAGACAACCCUGUGUGAAGAUAAAAGUGAAGAAAAACGCAUUGAGACAUCUGCAACGCAUUCACCUGUCAAGAAUACUACCCUUUCAGUGAAAGCUACUGAAUUAACAAUUGUGAGCUUUACACUUAAACAACUUUAUUUUGAAAGAAAAACGUGUACUAAUCAUUCUUUUUCUCAGGAGAGUAAUAUUCACGAUAAGAGUCCACCAACUGGCAAAUCUUCAAACAAAACAAGAUCAAGGAAGACAACAGAGACAAUUGACUAUGAUUUGGAGCAUGCGAUACCGCUUGGCAAGCGAAAAUCCAUCAAGAAUGAGAAAUACAAGAAUUGAUCUUGCAUGAAGACAAAAUUUGAAUUCUAUGUAACUUUUGGUCCUCGAACAUUAAUUGCAACUUAUGUCAGCCGUUUGAACUGCACCAUUGUCACCUUUUGUAACUAAUAUGCUUAUUGUAGCUCCUUCCACAAUGUGUUUUCUAAGAUAUAUUGCAGUAUUAACUACACUGUAUUGAAUGACACGAAUUUAUCUCCAACUGUAAUAGUCCCGUAUUAAAGUUUACAGCUUCCUAUCAA